AUGGCGAAGUCGAAGAAUCACACGGCCCACAACCAGUCAUACAAGGCCCACAAGAACGGCAUCAAGAAGCCCAAGCGCCAUCGCCACACCUCUACCAAAGGGAUGGAUCCCAAGUUUCUGAGGAACCAGAGGUACUCGAGGAAGCACAACAACAACAAUAAGACUGGCAAGUCUUCGAACGAUAAGUUCUCAUUGAUUCUUAGAUUGAAAGACGUGUUGGAUGUCCCGGGGCUCAAUGUCAUUGGUGGACCCGGAACGUCUCGGUACACCAUCGGUGUUGCGUCUGCAAUGGAUGUUCACCACUCGUAG